AUGAGAUCUAUUGCAAAAAAUAAUUAUUAUCGUGAAUUGGUAGAAAUGCUUAUUCAGGCAAAAAAAGAGUCAGUAACUGAUAUUAUAACUAGGAUUAAAGAUUAUAUCAGUCAAUGUAGUACAAUACUUAUUGAGAGGCAUACAUUGGCCGAAAUGAUAAAACUAUGGGAAACUGAAAGACUUAUCAGCUUUUUGAGGAGUGAUUCAAAAUUAGAAGGCUUAAAACUUAACGAUAACUUUUUUACGAAGUUUUAUGAUGAAAAUAUCACUGGUGAUUUAUUUCUCAGGCUAACAGGAUGGGAUUUAAAGGAAUACAAAAUGACAUUAAGAUAG